AUGCCACCACUUCCUACACCAACGCCCAAAGAGCUCCUCAUGAGGGUGAGGAAGUUCAUUCCUCCUCUAUUGGAAACAAUGCACAAAGGACAGCAGGGAAGAGUUGCCGUAAUUGGUGGUUCUGAAGACUACACGGGCGCGCCGUUUUUCUCUGCAAAUGCGUCUGCGUUGAUGGGCGCGGAUAUGUCCCACGUUAUAUGCGAACCUCAAGCUGCUCAAGUGAUCAAAGCAUAUUCUCCUAAUAUCAUGGUACAUCCUUACAUGCGGCAGUCGCAUCACCGCGAGAAAGGGACAGAUACGGCCGAGGAGAUUAGCACCAAGAUUGAGGAAAUGCUGGACCGGCUUCAUGCUAUCGUCAUUGGACCAGGGUUAGGGAGAGACUCUUUGAUGCAAGAUACGGCCAAAUUGAUCAUAGAAGCAGCGAAGAAGAAAGGAAUGCCUUUUGUUGUAGAUGCCGAUGGACUUUUCCUAGUCCAGAAUCAUCCGUCGGUAGUCCAAAAUUAUACACACGCAAUCUUAACACCGAACAAAGCCGAGUUUGAGCGACUGUGUAAAACCAUGAAGAUCGAGCCUUCUCAUGGUGACGAGACGGAAGUCUGUUCAAGGCUUGCCAAGGCGUUUGGGGGGGUUACUAUUAUCCAGAAAGGGUCGAAGGAUUAUAUAUCCAAUGGGAAACAUACAAUGGUCUGCGAUCUCAAGGGGGGAUUGAAAAGAAGUGGAGGUCAAGGCGAUACGUUGACAGGAUGUUUGGUUACUUUUCUGGCUUGGAAAAAGGCAUAUCAAGAUAGACUUUGGAAACAUGACAACUCUUUAUCUGAUUCUGAAUUGAUUGCAUUGUCAGCAUUUGGUGCUUCAGCCAUGACAAGAAAUUGUUCACGGCUGGCGUAUGAGAAAAAGGGGAGGGCUCUACAAGCUUUCGAUCUUUCGUUGGAAGUUGGACAAGCUUUCAAGAAUCUGUUCGAAAGCGAAGACCCAAAACUUUAG